UAUUCCACUGAUAUGUAACAGUUGUGAUCUCUCCCGCAGACGGGUCCUGGCUGGUGGACUCCUGGUCACCUUGCCAGGUUCCAAGAGGACCGUACCAGGGACUCGGAAGGCCGGUGUCACGGACGAAGAACACGUACCAUCACUUGUGAAGUGGAUGGCUCACCAUCCACUUCUGACCAGUGUUCAGGUCCUCAACCUUCCACGGAAAUCGCCUGUACGACCACGUGCCCCCAGGACUGCGUUUUAGGACCAUGGGGUUCCUGGGGCCCAUGCGUUUCCUGCGACUCGUCCCAGAAACGGACACGUACGGUCCUUGUGGCCCCAACGAAUGGGGGUACACCAUGCCAGCCUCUGAGCGAAUCGAAGCCCUGUAUAAUGGAAUGCCUACCAUCGGCCGUAUCUUCCGCCCUCUCCAGCCACAACGCAGAGCCUCUAGCAAGACUGAGAGUGGGCGAGUGGAGCCCCUGCCAAAUCCCACUCAUGCCAGAAACUAUCCCAGAAGACACAGAAGACAGAUACUUCGAAGAAAACUCUAUAUUCUUUGACGGAGACAACAAAGGGAACACAGGAGCUACCUUACUAGAAGCUGUAGACGAAGAAGUACCUCGAGCGAGCAACAGCGUUGAGGCGCAGCUUCCCACGAAGUCAGAAAAGUCUUGGAGCAACGCACAGGAACCUUCACACUCGAAGUCUGAAAGACCUUGGAGAGACGAUUCGCACGAAGACCCUCAGUCGAAGUCAGAAAUACCUUGGAGAGACUAUUCACAGGAAGACCCUCAGUCGAAGUCAGAAGGACCAUGGAGAGACGCACGAGAAGAUCCUCUCUCGAAGUCUGUAAGAGCCUGGAGGGAGACACGAGAAGUAUUCGAGGGAGAUAAAUCUCCUAAAAUGAGAGAUGAUGCUCUUCCUAAAGUAGGGAGACAAGAGAGACAGCUGACUUGCGUUCACUGGAACGGCACCAGCCUCCCUCUUAGUGAGUGUCUGUCUGGAAGAGAGGACGUGGCAGAAAGGGUUCGAACCUGCGUGGUGGACCGGGACUGCGUGGUGACACAGUGGUCCAGCUGGACCACUGUGGUCCCUGGCUGUGUGGCCCCGAGUGGUCUGGUGGUGCGAGAGAUAAGAGAGAGACAGAGGAGCAGCUCUGCCCUGCAACACGGGGGCGGCGUCCCCUGCCCUCACCUGCUGGAGAAACAUACCCUGCCAGACCCUGCCUUACAACCCUGCGAUACCAGGUACCAGUGGGUAAGUUCCGCCUGGGACACAUGCGUGGCGCCGCAGGGGGAGCGCGAAGGCGCGGUGCUGUGCGGCGGGGGCGUGCAGACACGCCAGCUGACGUGCGUGCGCGCUGCCGACCACGUUCCCGUCUCCGACGACCUGUGCGUCCACGUGCAGCCUCCACCCCGUGUCCAGAGAUGUGAGGUCGGCUGUGAGAGAGACUGUGUAGUGGGACCUUGGUCAGCCUGGGGUGUCUGUACCCCUACAGACUGCACUGCUUCACCUCCCCCAGCUACACCAGGUUUCCGGCGCCGGCGUCGUCAGGAGGUGGUGUCAGCAAGUGCUGGUGGGGUAGAGUGCCCACCUCUGGAGGAACAGAGUGAGUGCCAUGAGGCACAGUGCCAUCAGUGGGUCCUGGGCAGCUGGUCACAGUGCCAGCUGACCAACCCGUCUCAUUCUUGUGGUGACGGGAGACAGACCAGGAACACCACCUGUCUAGACAGUGCUGGUGCGCCAGCACCCUGGGAGGAGUGCCAACAGGAGCUGGGCACUGCCCCAGAGCAGAGAGAGUGCCACGUACCCUGCUCCUUCGACUGUGUGGUAGGGCAGUGGUCGCCCUGGUCACCCUGUACAAGGCCCUGUGCCAGCCAGCUUCAUGUCGGGUUUACACAAAGGAAUACCACCAUUAUUGCUCCUCCUGGACCAGGGGGAACGCCGUGUCCUCCCCCAGACGAACUAACACAGGUUGAGACGUGUCGUGUGGAGCCGUGCGGGGGUGCGGCCUGGGUAGCUGCACCUUGGGGGAGGUGCGGCCUACCUGCCCGUGCCGCAUGCGGCCCUGGGCGCCAGAGCCGCACCUUACACUGCAGAGACCACAAGAAUAAUACUGUGUCUACCUACAGGUGUUCUGGACUGAGUCGACCCUCGCUAGAGCGACCAUGUGAAGUGCCAUGUGGCACUGCUUGUACUGUGACCUCCUGGAGUGAGUGGUCACCUUGCCUGGCACCUGACCCCUGCCCUGUAGAUGGAGUCCUGGUAUCGUCAACACAGCGUCGCUGGAGGAGGGUACUGGUGGAGGCUAGUGAGGGAGGGGCACCAUGCCCACACCUGGAGGAGGAGAGAGGUUGUGCUCAAGCUCUGGUCACCUGUAAGAGUCACUACUGGCGUGUAGGACCUUGGGCACCUUGUACCCUGGCUGAUGACGUGGAGUGUGGCACUGGGUAUAGGGUCAGACGAGUAGAGUGCGUAAACGCUGCAGGAGAAGUGACAGAGCCAACGCAGUGCUUGCUGGGGGAGCACAUAGUGCCAGAGAGCAGCGUGGAAUGCCAGGUGUCAUGCAGGGAGGCGUGUGUCACCUCCACCUGGACUGCCUGGAGUGCCUGCCCCAGGCACCCGCCCUGUGGCACCGCUUCCCUCAGGACACGGCAGCUCCUGGACGGAAGCCAGGACAACCCUGGGUGCCAGGGCAUGGAACUAAGACAGAGUGAGGAGUGCCCCUGCCACAACUUCUAUUCCACCCCUGCUAGCUCCUGGUCCUCCUGCCUGGUAGAGGGGGCAGCAGAGGGCAGCACAAGGAGCAGGGCACGCCUGGGUACAGCCAGGGGGUCUGUGCCUCCCGGGGAGGCUGGGUUGUGUGGUGUUGGGGUACGGUACAGAGCGUUACUCUGUACCAGAGAUGAUGGUGUCUUGGCUCACCCAAGGUCUUGUGGUCACAGUGGAGUGGAGGAGGAGCCUUGUAUGGUGGAGUGCCCAUCAGAGUGCCGAGUAGGACCCUGGGGUGCCUGGAGUGCUUGUAAUGCUUCUUGUGGUGCUGGACUUCAACACCGGACUCGUGAGAUCCAGGAGCAGAGUUUGUGGGGUGGACGACCCUGCCCUGAGACCAGCCAGAGUCGUGCUUGCUGGGGGUCGUGUAGUGCUCACUGGGUGCCAGGAGGAUGGUCAGAGUGCCACAUUAUUAACAACAAAGACUGUGGCACUGGUCUCCAGACCAGGACUAUCAGGUGCAUGAUGGAGGCGUCAACAGGUCUACAAGAGGCUGUGUCCGACAGUGAGUGUGAUGUAUCACUUAGACCAUUUACACAGCAGGACUGUCAUGUGUCCUGUCCUGGAGAGUGUGUCCUGUCUACCUGGUCCCCCUGGUCUUCCUGUCCACAGGGGUGUCCAGCUCACAGCCGCCAAACAAGAAGUCGCCAGGUGGUGCGUAAACCCGUGGGAAACCUUGCUACAUGUCCACCCCUGAGGCAGGAAGAACCUUGUGUUGAGGGUGCCUCCUGUUGGCACUACUCCUGGCAGGUGGGCAACUGGACCUCCUGUGUCCCCUUGGGGCACUCCUCCUGUGGAGAAGGUGUCCGGAAUCGUCCCAUAACCUGUGUUCGAUCAGGAGGCGUGGCUGUUCCUGAGUGGAUGUGUCCUCGUGAGUCCCGUCCCUCUCCAAAGGAAACCUGGUGCUACGUAGACUGUCCUAUAGACUGUGAGGUCACCACCUGGACGACCUGGGACGACUCCAAGUGUUCCUGUGGUGAGAAUCCCGGAGAAAUGACCCGACGUAGAUUCCUGUCUGUGAACCCAAGCGAGAGUGGAAGACCAUGCCCGAGCCAGCUACAACAGAGUCGUCCAUGUCCUGCCAUACCCUGCUACACCUGGGAGCGAGGACCCUGGUCACAGUGCCAAUUACAGGGCGGGAGUUGUGGCCAUGGAUACGUUGAGAGGAAGGUCUCAUGUGUAGGGCCAUGGGGCCAGACUGUGGAUCCACAUUUGUGUCUGGCCCUCGUCCAUGUUGGUGGCCACACAUGGCCCUACCUGGCCAGGGCCCUUGACCUCAACACAAGGGAUGGGUGUUAUGUACCAUGUGAAGGAGACUGUGAGUUAACUGAGUGGGCUUCGUGGUCCCACUGUCACAGAGAUUGUUCCAGAGGACACCAAGGAGGUACCCAGGCCCGGUCCAGAGCAGUGCUGACUGAGGGGGUAUCUGAGGGCCACCGGUCCUGUCCUGGACCACUGUGGGAGACACGGCCAUGUCUGGCUGGUCCAUGUUUCAGCUUCUCCUGGCAGGUCCAUAAUGGUACAGUUCAGUGUGUCCGCAGUGAUGGUCUUCUUACUACUGAGACAUUUGGAUGUAUUCAUGGCUUGAUUCAAGGAAAUGCUCCAGUUUUCAAGAACAGCUCUAAUUUUCUAGAUCAAGGGCUCUUCAGAGGCACCAAGGCACCUUCCUUGAAGAUCCCUGUAUCUCCAAAAUGCAGGGAACAAAGGAUGAAUGAAGCACUGCAGGACACCUUGGAUGACAGGCCUUGGGUGUUGCUUGCAUCAUCAAUAACACGGCACCUUGAAACACUCUUCCUUCAAUGA